GUAAUUACAGCUGUAUAACAUUAUAUUCGUUGCUGUAACUAUAAAAUUACUAUGUAGUAUUCAAAUAUUUUGAAUAUUUUAGAUACAUUUCUUUUCAAACUACAACUAGUCAAAUAUAUUCAAUAUAUUUCAUAAUUUCUAUCAAUACAAUAUAAUUUUUGGUACAUGAAAUUAAAUUCAGUUGAUAGCUCGGACGCGACGAUCAAUCGAUCGAUCGAACUAAAGAUAGAAAUCGAAACCGUUACAAAUUGCAACUUGUUGCAGAUCACAGUGGUCAGCCGUGAAGAUUGGUUUCGUUUUUUUUGCGGUUGUGCGUAGGUCGUGGAUAAUUCAAUUUGUUCGAGUUGACGCGCAAAGAGACAUGUCGUUCUAUACCACAUUCCUGUGUUUACAACGCAAUUGCGGUGACAAUGUCAAGGCCACGGCAUAUCACACCACUAGAGAGAAAUCGAAUUAUUCGUGGCCCGGUGGAGGGUGAAGCGGACCAUUACCAUUCUAAUUGGCAGCAUGAAUAACCAUCCGUCGAGCAGCCAGCGAACAAAUCGAAGGCGGAGGCGUCGAGGAUCACGAACGAUAGGAAAUCGAAAGGAUCGAGCACGAAAAGAAAGAGGACCAACAUUGUCGAUUCGGGACACACAGGACGAAAAACAACAAAUGGAGCAUAGAGGCGCGGCGUCCGAUCAGCAGGAGCAUCAGUAGCGAUACUCGAUCGUCGGGGCCCUGAGCGGGCCCUCAGUCCGGGGACGUCGGCAUCGGGGCCCGUGCUCGCGAGAAAGCUGGGCGGCGUUGCAGCGCCGCGAUGGCCGCGACUGACGGUCAGAUCGUCGUUGCGGCGGCACGCUGGGCCGAGGAAGCGACGUACUUGCGCGAAUUCGUUUCCAAAUAUCGUCUUCCGGCGGUGAUCAAGAUCACGAAAGGUCAGUACGGUGGCCUGGGUGUCCCGACGCUUCCAGCGCCUAGCCUGCAGAGUACGGCCCUCCUGGUAUCCGCUGGACGUCGACGAAAGAUCGUCGCGCAAGCGGUGAAGAUCAAGGAGGGACGCAGAGUAGUGGGCGUAGGGCCCAGGCUGGCCAUCCCAGACUCUUAUGCCGGCUACUUCGAAAUACUGAGCGAGGAAGGUAGAGCCGUUCGCGGGAUAGAGUCCGUGAACGAGUUGUGUCGAAGAUGUCCAGAGGAAGGAGCUCUGGUCCGGGAGACCGUACGUGGAAUAGCUUGCAGAGUGGACGACGACUCCGGUAUAGUUGUUCCCGAAGGAACGAGGACCCUGGCUGCCGGAGAGACGAUUGUAACAGCUGGCGAGGUUAGCCUGCCCGGUCGCGGUAGAUUUCUGCGCUGUGUCGACUGUCGAGGAGAGAGCGUCCUCCUGGGUAUGGAGCUGCGCGGACGUUUCAGCGCCCUGGCGCGCGAGGACAAUAUCAGCGGCGUGCACACGGCUCGAGCGUUGCUGAGCAAGCGUUUGCCGUUGACGGUCAGACUGGUGCACGGUCAACCACCGAGGGGAUUGAAGUCAUCGUCGCAAUUCGUUCCGGAGCUGAGGCUGUUAUCGACCUUCGAGGAAGAACACGUGUUCGCCUUGCCGUUACAGAGAGAAGGGGCUGCCGUGGCGUUACCUCUGGCCGCUCCGUUGAAGCUGGUCAAAGCGCGAAACGAGGAAGCUCUCAGAUCGAUGCAGGAGUUCACGAGGCUGGUAGAGCGCGCGUCGCGUCUCGUUGCCGACGUGGCCGAUCGCGCGCACGUGCUGGACGGCCGACUGGGGGAGAGCAAGCCUUCCAGGCAGACUAGAAGCGGAUCCGGUUUCCUCAGGCGAUCGUCGACCAAUUCGGAUAACGGGCCGCCGAGCCACCACCGGAACAACGCCAGCCAUCACCAUCAUCAUCAUCACUAUCACAGCAAUGGACACCAGGCGUCCUCUGGACACGCAGGCUACCGGGACGAGAAUCGUGUGCCACCGUCCGCAUGCACGGAGGAGUACGACGAGAUCGAUCAGAUUUACGACUAUGUCCGCGGGUUCGCGCCGCUACCGAAGAGCGUCAGGUCCCCUUACGAGAGCCCGUUGCCGGGGGCACAGGGGUCCAGUCCACCUCUGACGCCGGUCACGGUAACUAUCGCCCCUCUGCUCGACGACAGACCAGAACCACCUCCCAUAGAGACCAUACCGACCAAGAAGAUCCAGGCAGAGAAGAGGACCAGACGCGCCGUCAAGGAGGCUCCACAGCCGAGAGUCGAGAAGCCGCCGCUGGCGAAGCUCUACGUGAAGAACAGCGGAACUCAGAGGGGACGUCCUUUGAUGAGGCAGAAGAGCGCGUCGCCGUUGAAAGAAACGCCACCCGGAUACAAGGGUGGAUCUCCGCUUUUUAACAUCAGAUACAAGAGUUUGACGAACCUGCAGCAAGCCAUGGAGCUGGAUGGAACGUUGGAUUCGAGCCAUUCCGGGGGAAGAACAUCGGGGGACUCUGGUGCUGGUGCUAAGCUACCGGAAAAGAGAUCGCGGCGUUUGAGUAGACCACGCUCGCUCACGAAUUUAGUGUGGGAGCUCCGCGGCGGAAGUGGCCUUGGCUGCGCGAGACCAGAAACCCCGCCACCAGCCACAGCAGCACCGUUGCCACCGACUAAAUGUGGACCACGUUUGGCUGUCACCGUUGUGGCACCCCGGCGUGUUGGCACGCUCUACCUCUAACUCAUUCGAACCGACGAAGGGCUGAAGAAGGCAAAGAGCGGUCCGGAUGGGGCGUCAAGGAUCUCCGAUGUCUUCGAUUAAUCAAAACUCGUAGCCAGAGCUCAAGCAACGAUGGAGGGACGGAUCCAGAGUCCGUCGAUGAUCCCACCAUUUGUCCCUUUUUCUUUUUUUUCUUUUUUAAUCCCUCGCAGCCGCGACAGCCAUUCGAAAACCUAACCUUUCGAAUCAUUCUCGCAUCGAACCGCGAGAAACGGUUAGAACGAGAAAAGAGCAAGAAUCGCAACGAUAUACCGCGUGCUUUCUGCGAUUAUCAAUCGAAGAUUUGCAUUCAACUUUCAUCUCGAAGACGAGGCUGUGACGACGCUAACUGGAUGACCUGAAGGAACCGGAAAUGGUACUCGAAAGACGGCGCUCACGACUCGCGAUCUAGCAGCAAGAUCUCUGUAGCUUUAGAGUAGAAUAAAUCUGAAUAUCUGACAUACUUAAUUAAGUAACAAUAAGAAACGAGGUUAAAGAUCGAGGAGGCUCAGGGAACGAUUUUAUAAAAAAAAAGAAAAAAAAGGACAAAUUGUAAUCUAGAGGAAUAAGAUAGAUGAAAAUCUGAUUGAUCUUUGGAGUCCUGUUUUUAUGUAAACGUCAAGAGACUCGGAGUACGAUUU